CCGGCAUCCUCCAUCCACCAUCAUCAUUUCUCCUGUAAAGGCUGUAUUUGCUCUUCGCUGAUCUCGCCGCCAGUCUUGCCAUUCCUGUGGUUGCAUAGGACUCUCUGAUUUCACCUGUUGACUUCCAUGUCGCUUGUUGACUUCGGAUUGGGCUUGAGCUCGUGACCAGGCCGUGAAAGCUUCUACUACUUUGCGCUUUUUAUCUUUUCAUCAUUCUUCUUCGAAUUCUUCGAGUCAGGGCUGCUCACCGUUGUCAAAGCCCGGGUGGGCGGGUUACUCGAUUCAUCGAGGGUCUUCGUUUUUUUUUUUUAGCUGAUCGACAGCACUGCGACUAGACGAUGACCACGACCCCUCCAAACCCGCCCUGGGUCAUCAAGAAGGCGGUCGUUGUUUCUAUACCUGAUUCUGAAGUCGCUUGUUCAGCGAGUCUUCGUAUUUUUCAUGAUGGAAACACUGAUAAAGGAUCUAUCUCACUCAAGAUCAAAGCAGACCUUGCUAACCUGAGAGGCGUACUACAGGACCUGACAUUAACUAUCCUCCCGGAAAGAGUCGAUGAAUGUGCCUUGUCCUUGACGAACAACGAUGGCCUCUGUUCUCCUCGAUUGGUUUCCAUGCUGCGGGCGUCUGUACCAAAUAUCGCGGCCGUCUCGACACUGAGUUUGACACUCGGUACAACUGGCGUUGUUCUUGUUCCACGGGGGAUGGAGCGUCUGAGUCCAGCCGAUCCGCAAGAUAUGAAUUUUUACGCGUUUGCAAAGAUCUGUCAAUCCAAAUCUCUCCGUCUACACUUCGCCAACCGACAAUUUGUGGACGACCAGAUUGAUCGGUUGAAGACUUUUUCCUUAGCUUUGCACAGAAAAGACCUCGAGGCCGAGUCAUUUAAACACCCCCUCUCUGGCGUGGACGAGCGGGAUUGGACUGUCUUUGAUUUGUCGCCCGAUCCCCCCCCGUAUUAUGAGCCGGUGCUGAAGCCGGUGAUAGGAAAACAUGAAAGAGAUCAGUGGACAUUGGAGCCCAAUGAUAAAAAACGAAAAAGGCUGUUCUCAUCCCCUUCAUCGUCAGGCACUGUCGCCGAAAUUAUGCCACCGAGUACUUGCUUCCCUGCACCAUCCUCCAUCCGCCCAGCCUCCUUUGCGCGUGCUAUCUCUCCUGGCUGCAACGGUGACAGGCUUGCACGUCUCGAACAUGAGCUCCGUGGUAUGCCCGAUGACCUAGUUCGUAAAUUAUUGAGUCGGGCAGGACACGGACACCUGCUGGCCAGACCAGAAGUAGUGAACAGCGACCUGCCAUCCUACUCUGGGCCGGCGGACGUUGAGCUGGCAGACGUCAAACAACUUGAGCGGCCCCUGAAGGAAUAUAUCGACCAGAUGAUCGAGCGCCGGCUCCCACGUGUUGUCGACGAGAGGAUUGAUUGCCGCUUUAGUCGUCUUGUCCACGAGCUGGUCGAUAACGCCGUGAGUGACGGUCGCGACCAGAUUUUUGAUGACUGUAAGAUAAACGAGGCCGAAUUCCGCGAGCAGGUCGACGAUGGCAACUCCGAGGUCCGCCUAACGGCCAACGAAUGUAUGAAGGAGAUCCAAGAACAAGCACAAAGACAUGUGGAGGAGAUAGAGGAACAUGCACAACAGUGCAUGGAGGACCUUGAGAAUCAGGGCUUCGCAGUUAAAGUGUCUUUGGGAGAGAAGGUUGCGGAAUUGAAGCGUCGCUGGUUCAAUGCUUCUGCACCAUCCUCACUUGCGGGCAGAACAAGCCCUGGCCAUGAGCUGGGCAGCCUGCAUGUCAGACGCAGUUCCUUCUGAAGUGCUUAUGGUAAUGGUUUAAUAUUGGCGUGUACAGUACAUAUUUUCUUCUACUACGAGUCUACGAGUGCAUUUAUGCAUCAAUUAAU